GGGGACGAGACGGCCGUGGGUACACCUGGACCGCUGCAGGACCCGGAGCCUGGAGUCAGUCAGUGUCGAGAGCGACGUACGCGCGGAGUGCCCCCAACAGACCUGAAGAAAACCAUCGACAUGGUGUCUUCGACUCGGUUUACUCUCGUCCUAGCGGCGGUGGCCGUGGCCGCUGUGAGCGCCCUGCCCGACGGCGCCCCCCUGGACGCGUGCGUCAAGGGCAACAAGCCCAACCACAGCAAGAUCCCUGCGCAGCCCCUCAACACGCUGCCGUACCGCAUCGUCGCCUCGAGCAGCCAGUACCAGGCGGGCUCCACCAUUACAGUGACCAUCUCGGGCGCCAACCUCAAGGGCUUCUUCCUGCAAGCGCGCGACGUGGCGAGCGGCGGCUGGCUGGGCUCCUUCAAGGAGACGCCCGGCGCGGUCAACGUGCUGCCCGAGUGCUCGGCCGCCACGCACGCCGACAACCGCGACAAGGUGUCCGUCACCCUGCACUGGACCGCCCCCGCCGACGCCGCCCCCGGCCAGGUGUUCUUCACGGGCUCCAUUGUGAAGGACUACUCCACCUUCUGGGCCGACGUGAUCGCCGAGGCUCCCCAGUAAUCUGGUCAUCCCCCCCCCCCGCCAUCUCCCGCAUAUUCCAUCCUCCCUCAUCGAUCGCACACCUUCACUUCACCACCGACCGGCCCACACCAUCUUUCACCACCCUCUCGAAACGUCACCAGCAUCCGCAUUCAUGCCUACCAUCCGUGUAAAUUCAUUCAUCUAAAUAAAUCCUCUUUUUUUUACGAAAAAAAAAUAAUUGAAAA